AACGUGUCGUUGUUUACCGCCGCAAUUUUUCACAUUCACAUUUCACAGUAAUCUCUUAGUUGUUUUUUUAAAUAUUUAUAAAAUAAUUUCAUUGUUACUUUUAAUUGAUUUUGUAAAAACGUGAUAUUAUUAGUGCUCUAUGAUGGCCGAUAAAGAAAAGGAUGAAGUUGAGGCAACUAUUGCUGAUGAAGGAGUUGUUAUGAAAUACAAGGCGGCCGGAGAAAUCGCUAACCGUGUUCUUGUUGAAAUAAUUGAAAAAUGUAUAGAAGGAGCAUCUGUGCGUGAUGUAUGUAUAUGGGGCGAUAAUUUAAUUUUAGAAGAAACCAGUAAAGUUUUCAAAAAAGAAAAAGAAAUGAAAAAAGGCAUUGCUUUUCCUGUCUGUAUCUCUGCUAAUAGCUGUAUAUGUCAUUUUUCUCCUAUCAGGAGUGAGCCAGAUCAUAUUAUAAUCAAAAAUGAUGUUCUGAAAAUAGAUUUAGGAGUCCAUUUAGAUGGUUUUAUUUCCAUGAUUGCUCAUACUAUUGUUGUUGGUGCCAAUUCAGAAAAUAAAGUAACUGAUAAAAGAGCAAAUUGUUUCUUAGCUGCACAUCAUGCAUCUCAAGCUGCAUUACGAUUAAUGAGGCCUGGUAAUGAUACAUAUCAAAUAACAGAAAUGGUUUUAAAAGUUUGCAAAGAGUUUGAUUGCAAACCUGUUGAAGGUAUGCUUAGUCAUCAGCUUCAACAAUUUAAAUUAGAUGGCCCUAAAACAAUUAUACAAAAUCCAAGUGAAUCACACCGUAAAGAACAUGAAAAAGCAACUAUUGAAGUAAAUGAAGUUUAUGCUUUGGAUGUACUUGUAAGUACUGGAAGUGGUGUUGCCCGUGAAACGACUGCAAAAGUAUCUGUCUUUAAAAAGACUGAUGAAGUUUAUCCUUUAAAACUAAAAGCUUCAAGAAUGUUUUACACUGAAGUAAUUCAAAAAAAUAGUAUAAUGCCAUUUAAUUUGAGAAACUUUGAAGAUGAAAAGAAAGCUAAAAUGGGUGUAAUGGAAUGUGUGAAUCACAAACUAAUAGAACCUUUUCAAGUGCUUUUUGAAAAGACUGGUGAAACUGUGGUACAAUAUAAGUUUACUGUGCUGGUGACACCUACUGGACCCGCUAGAAUUACAGGGUUGCCAUUUGAAGAAGAUGUUUAUGUACCCACAUUAGCUAUUAAGGAUCCUGAAGUUUUGACACUUUUGAAAACUUCUGUAAAUCAAAGAGGAGUUUUACAACCAGUUAAAAAGAAGAAAAAGAAAGCACAGAAGAACUCCACAAGUGAUAUGGAUGUUGAUCAACUAACAAGGAGUGAAGAAAAAAUGGAAGUGGAUGCAUCUGCUUGAAAUUAUAUAUUUUAUUAAAUAAGAAAAAUGUACAAAUAUGUUUUAAGCGUCCAACUACAUACUUAUCUACUAAUUUUAACUACAAAAUUUUUUCAAGUCAUUUUGAAAUAAAUUCGUCUUUAGUUGAAGGCAAACUGAAUAAUAUUUAAGAUUUUAGGAAAUGACCGAAUUUUUGUAUUGAAAUAUUUCAAAAUUAAUUGUUAUUAUUUAAGUGACAUGUUUUCUCUUAGUAUUUCUUUAUUCUAUUAUUUAAUGAUUUAAAAUAGUUA